AUUCACACAAGUCGCUGCAUCGAUAUGAUAAUUCGAUUAUUUCAUCAUACCAAUAGCAAAUAAAUAAAAUGUAAGAUUUACAUAGAUUAGUUAAAAUUUCUUCGUAUACAAAACCAGGCUGUUUACAACGCCAAGAUGACUUCGCGCAAUCUAACCGAGGUGUUUGUUAUCAUGCGCAACAAUGCCAGCAAGAAUCGCAAUCAUUAUGACGAACGGCGUGGCAGCGACUCCGAGCGCUUGCUGAAACAUUCCGUACGCGAGGCUGAAGAGGGACUCGAAAUGCAAGAUGAUUAUGGCACCCCACCCAUUUGGCUAGAUAAGUUCGAGGAGGCGCAAUACACGAUGUCCAAAAUCAAGCCGAAACUGGAUGAGCUGGGCUCCCUGCAUGCACGCCACCUGCUGCGCCCCACAUUUGAUGACCAAAAAGAUGAUGAAUGUGAAAUCGAAGUGCUUAGCCAGAUUGUGGCCAAGCUGAUAGCAAGUACCCAUCGGCACAUACAAUGCGUUCGCUCCAGCCUGGGCGUCGGCAGCAAAGUGGAGCAGCGUCUCACAGCCAAUGCGGUGCACUGUGCGCUACUCCAGCUACAGGAUCUGACAGUCAAAUUUCGCAGCAGCCAAAAUGCGUAUCUGCUGCAGCUCAACUCUCGCGAGGAACGCUCCCAGAAAUAUUUUGACAAUACCAAUGAAUUCACCAAUGUCGAACUGGGCAACUUUGGUGGCGAUGAGCCGCCCAACAACUUUGUAGAUACCUUUGACAAUUUUCUGCAGCCCCUGGAUGGUGCUGGCAAGAGCCAGACGAAUGCAUAUCUCUUCGAGGAUGACGACCAACAGAUCGAUGAUAAUUUCAAAAAGCCAUUAGCCAAUCGCAUGACACAGCAGCAAUUGCUGCUCUUCGAAGAGGAGAACUCACGUUUGGCCCAGCAUCGAGAAGAGGAGGUGACGAAAAUAGUCAAAUCCAUUUACGAUCUCAACGAUAUCUUCAAGGACUUGGGUCACAUGGUGCAGGAGCAGGGCACAGUACUCGAUCGCAUCGAUUACAAUGUGGAGCAGACACAGACGCGGGUUUCCGAAGGAAUGCGACAGCUCCAGCGUGCGGAAAUGUAUCAGCGCAAGAAUCGCAAAAUGUGCAUCAUCCUCGUUUUAGCCGCCGUUACCUUCGUCAUGCUCCUGCUGCUCAUUCUAACCAAGCUGUAAAAGAUUUGACCGACCCCGCCAGCCAGCAGCCUAUUCCGUUUCAUUUUCGUUGUUUUUCUUUGUAAGUGCA